AUGAAAGUGUAUGGGAGAGUAAGCAAACCGCGGGUGUUUCAUGAGGUGCAGCGGGGCCGUGGACAGCAUAUGACGGGGGAACAAUCGCAAUCGCAAUUCAGCAGCGACGAUGAGAGCGAACAGCGCGAUGUGGCGCCAUCCCGCGAUAAGCCACAGAGAGAGAAUGACGACGUGUUUGGUUUCUUAGACCCUGGGAACGGGCGGCACACGCGGGUAAAUCGUGGGAGGAGGAGGAGGAAACGAACAGCGACUCUCGUGGGGGAAGAUUCGCCAGAUGAGGAGACUCUUGCCGCGCGCAAUGAUGGUGGUGUGCAGGAGCUCGAAUUGUCCGUGGAAAGCUUCCUAGAUGGAGUGCAGAGGAGGACGGCGUCGCAAUGGGAACAGCAGCUUCAAGAGGGAGAAUCCAGUUUUUUAGAUAAGUUUCUCGAAGGUACCACUGAAUCGGCAACAACCGCUGAGGUGAAGUACAAAGGUACGCCGGAGGCACAUGAUAAGAAAAUGUACAAUAACACUAGGACGAUACUCGUGAAGAGGGAUGACGAAUUUGGGGAUGGUUCGGAACAAGAGGGUGAGGACGAGGGAAAGCCGGACAACUCAUUUGGUGCCAACAGUUUUCAUGAACUCAGGAAUCUGGGUCAUUCGUUGAAAUACAGGCAGGAUCUCGAGUUCUUGCUCACCGACUGCAUUAGCCACGCGGAGAGACUUUUAAAUGUAAAUUUGUCCAUCCGUAGGGACAAUUUGUUCAAAGAGUAUCUGUCCAAACACCACGCAAACGAUAUAUGGGGGUUGUGUUUCAAUGAGGACGCGCCUUCGCCAGAGCUUGAUUUUUUAAAGGGCACGCUCUUAAGUGAAUUGAAAUUGAGGCCUACCGAGAUCCGAUCUUGGCCCACAUUUUCCCAACUCAUCACUCGGCUCAGUAACAAUUACAGUAAACCAAACGGGCCAGCAAAGAAUAAGAAGAAAAAGACAAGCAAGAUGGUGUUAAUGAACUACAACGAGUUCUACUCAAAAUCACAUUUUGACACCAGUUUGGAUUUAGCAUUGGACUUACUUCAGUAUUACCAUAAGGAGGUCUCCCUGGGAAGCGAGCUACAAAGGAACAUAUUGGUCUUUGUUUCGGAGCACCCAGAGAGGGAAGAUACCCUGGUGAAAACAUACUCCACUUUAUCAAACAUCCUUCUCGAUUGCACUAUCAACGACAGCAGCACGUUCAAUUUCCUUCUGGAAGUUUUUACCAAAAAUCUCCCCACAGGGUAUGCCAACCCUUACUACUCGCAGGGGUUCAUUCUCUUGACGAAUCGAUUGCUAGAGGAGUUUAAAAUGACCCCGCAGCUCGCCGAUCAGAUUGCUCUCCCGACGUUCAGUUUGAUAGUCGCGGAUCUGCUGGACGGAGAAUCUACUAUCGAACAACAAAAAACCAACGUGUGCCAAUUGGCGUUGUGUCUCAACGUCCUGGAUUAUUGUGACAUAGGGAUAAAAAUAGAGCAAUGGUCGAAAGUCCCGCAAAUACUGAGCGGGCUACAGAAACAGGGGGCCGAUAAGUUUCUUGUGGGAUUAUUUGCGCUUACAGUCAGCCUUGUGUCCAUUAAAUCAUUGUCCGUGCACCCUACAACACCUUCCCUUCAAGAGUUGCUUCGACAAGAACUACACUCUCUAAAGAUUAUAGCAAAGGACAACAAAAGCGUAUCGAGCAAAGUAGAAUACGCACUAGGGAAACUCUGCUUCUGA